AUGAGUGGUGGAUUCUUCGACGCGCCGAGCGAUCCCUCGCUCGAGGGGGAGCUGGGGGGGGAGCUCGAGGACGAUCUCGCGGCGAUGACGACGCGGACGGAGACGGAGGAGGUGUACAUCGCGUCGACGCGGGAGGAGGAGGCGAUGAUGCGGGCGGCGGCUUUGAAUUACGGUGCGCCGUUGUUGCGACCGAGUGAUUUGUUGAAUCCGAACGCGUUGGGACGGGCGCCGGUGAACGCGAAGACGCGGGAGGAGAUCGAGCGGGAGGCGUACGCGCGGGCGACGGCGCCGCGGGGACCGGAUGGGGGGGUGGGGAUGAUGGGUGGGAUGCCGCCGCCGCCUGGGAUGAUGGGACCGCCGCCGCCGGGGAUGAUGGGACCGCCGCCGCCGGGGAUGACGGGACCGCCGCCGCCGGGGAUGAUGGGACCGCCGCCGCCGGGGAUGACGGGACCGCCGCCGAAUCAACGACGAUCGAAUCAGACCUAUCGCGGCGAAGCGCUUCCGGAGUGGGCCGAUGGACCGACGAUGAACGCGGUGCCGAUGGACGUGCCGGGUAUGCCGGGCGUGCGCGCGCCGCCGCCGGGUAACUGGCCCGCGGGUCAAGAAAACCGUCCGCGCGAUGUCGGACGACGACCCCGCGAACAAAGGCCGAGGGGACGACCGCAUUACAACGGCUUGUACAUGGCGAACGACGAGAUAGAGGGCAUUCUGCGCAUCCAAUGGAGCGCCACGCACCCGAACGAUCGCACGGCGUACGAACACGAUUAUUUCUACCAAUCGUGGCUCCGUCGAAACAACCCGUCGAAGCUCAAGGAGCCGUUCUGUCCCGAGGCCCUUCGCGAGCUCGCAUCACACGUGAAGGAAGCGCGUGGACCCGUGACGUUUGUUCCCGGCUUGGAUGGUCUCGGCAAGGUGCCGUUCGGAAAUAUUCGCUCGCCCAAGCCGCUUUUGGACAUGUCCAAGAGCAGCGCGCCAAAGGGCGACGGUGAACAGUCCGGCGAGGGCGAGCAGCGCAGAUUGGAGCAAGAACCGCUUCUCGCGGCGCGCAUCAUGAUCGAGGAUUCCAUGUGUCUACUUCUCGACGUCGAUGACAUCGAUCGCCAACUCGAAGAGGGCCGACCGAGCGAGAGCGAGGAGGACUUGAAGAAGCGUCGCACGUUCUUGUUGGACGGCCUCAUCAGCACACUUCUUUUACCCUCGGUUCCGGUGCUCGUCGCGGGGGGCGCAGAGCACGACGGCGUGUUCCAACGCAUCGUCACGCUUCCAAAGGGCAGAAUUCUCUUGGCCGACGCACUGCCGAGGUUCCCGCUCGGUUCCGCCGCCGCGGCGACGCUCGUGUGGGCGAUCCUGCGUAACGUUGGUAUGCUCAUCGGUGGUAAGAACGCGAUCAACAACCCCAGCGCGGAGGCUCUCCUUCGAGCCGCGGCAGAUUCUGUCCAACUGAUGAACGCAGUCGCCGUAGAGGGUACCGUCGGCGCCGUCGCGAUGGGUCUGGACCUCGCCGAGGCAAAGCAACAGCUCGCACCGCUCACGAGUGGUAGUUCUACCACCGGUGCUCUCGUCGGUGCGCUCGCGAUGUCGCUCGAACGCGCUCAUUUGCUUGAGAUUUCGCCGUCGACGCACAAGGCAUUCGGUGCAGCGUUCGGCAUGGUGUUCUCCGUGUUCGACAAGCACGCCGUGAACGCCAUUCAGCGACGCGACGGUUCGCUCCCGCGCGACUUGCUUCGUGCUCUCAUGCAUCACUGCACUGACGCUCAAAAACAGCGCCUGAAGGGCCACAUCAGCGCUCUCAGCUGA